AUGGGUCUGAGUGCAGCAAAGACACUUUCCCUAGACAGGGGAUAUGUGCGAUCCCAGCCAGCCCCUCCCCCUGCCAUCCGGCUCGCGGAAUUUUACCAUUUUUCCAUUCCGAUAUCUUUCUCUGAGAUCGGGGAGUCUGAAGUCGCGAGCGCGAGGUCGAGUGCUCCUACCGAUGCUGAUAUCGACGGAUACGCCCAAUGCUUGGCAGCUUGUGUACCUCAGCUAAUGAACACGCAGGGGCCUGAGCUUGAUGCUGAUGAAUGCUGA